AAUGAUGCAUUGGGCAGGCCGCAUUGAGAAGGAGCUGGAGAAGACUAUACAGUUGGUCACUGGAACCCAGCAGAUAAGAGGGAUUUACAAUGAGAAGAAGAGUCAGUUUGACAUCAAGAGGAACAAUCCCAAGGACCUGGUGGAGAGGGUGGCACGAGACAUCGCCAAGCUGCUCACUAGCAAGAGGAGAGCCCUGGAGAGGCUGGCCAGGGAGGCGGAGCAGCUGCAGACAGAUUUUCCCUGGCUGGACAGUAUCAAGGAGAGCGACAUGGAGUACUAUGAUUCGAAAGCGGAAUCAGACUAUACGGAGGACGGAGAUGGGGAAGAGAACCUGAUGGAGAACCCCUACUCCAUGAAGCUGGAGUUUGUGGACGAUCCCAACUUUAAAAACAAGGUCAACUACUCCUACAGCGCCGUCCAGAUCCCCACAGACAUCUAUAAGGGCUCACCAGUCAUCCUGAAUGAGCUGAACUGGACCCAGGCUCUGGAGAGGGUUUUCAUUGAUAACCGCCGGGAGGACAGCUCUCUGCGCUGGCAGGUGUUCGGCAGUGCCACGGGGGUCACAAGAUAUUACCCAGCCACUCCAUGGAGAGCACCCAAUAAGAUUGACUUGUAUGACGUCCGCAGGCGGCCAUGGUACAUCCAAGGGGCAUCAUCUCCCAAGGACAUGAUCAUCAUCGUGGACGUGAGUGGCAGUGUCAGUGGACUCACUCUGAAACUGAUGAAGACGUCGGUCAUGGAGAUGCUAGACACUCUGUCAGAUGACGACUAUGUGAAUGUAGCCAGGUUUAACGAGAAGGCUGAUGCUGUCGUCCCCUGUUUUAAGACCUUGGUCCAGGCCAACAUGAGAAACAAGAAGAUCUUCAAGGAGUCUAUCAUGCACAUGCAAGCCAAAGGAACCACUGACUACAAGUCUGGCUUCCAGUUCGCCUUCGAACAGCUACUCAAUGAUACCGGCGCCCCAAGGGCGGGCUGCAAUAAGAUGAUAAUGAUGUUUACAGAUGGAGGAGAGGAUCGUGCACAGGACAUCUUUGAGAAGUACAACUGGCCCAACAAAACAAUUAGAGUAUUUACCUUUUCAGUUGGGCAGCACAACUAUGAUGUCACCCCCUUGCAGUGGAUAGCUUGUGCCAACAAAGGAUUCUACUAUGAGAUUCCAUCCAUUGGAGCCAUCAGAAUUAACACACAGGAGUACCUGGAUGUGCUGGGUCGGCCCAUGGUGCUGGCUGGGCCCAAGGCCAAGCAGGUCCAAUGGACCAAUGUCUACCAGGAUGCUCUGGGUCUGGGUCUGGUCAUAACUGGGACCAUGCCAGUCUUCAACCUCACCGCUGAUGCAAAUUCUCAGACGCAGCUUGUCCUUGGUGUCAUGGGGGUGGAUGUUGCAAUCAACGAAAUUAAGAGGAAGACACCAACAUACAGGCUUGGAGCCAAUGGAUACACCUUUGCGAUCGACCAAAAUGGCUAUUUGCUCCUGCACCCCAACCUGCAACCUAAGAUCAUUAACUUCAGAGAACCUGUCACCCUGGACUUCCUGGAUGCUGAGCUAGAGGACAGUAAAAAGGAGGAGAUCCGUCGAGAAAUGAUUGAUGGCAAAGCAGGGCAAAAGAAAAUCAAGACUCUAAUUAAGUCAGUUGAUGAGAGGUACAUUGAUGAGGCCAUGCGGACAUAUACCUGGACACCAGUGGAGGGCACAGAUUACAGUCUAGGGCUGGUACUGCCCACAUACAGUGAGAACCACAUCAAGGCUAACCUGAGUGACCAGAUCCUGCAGGUGCAGUUGCAAUACACCAAGGAUUUUGAAUCUCUGCUGCCAAACAGUUUUGAGUCUGAAGGACAUGUAUUCAUAGCUCCCAGGGAAUACUGCAACGAGCUAGAGCUCUCCAACAACAACACUGAGUUCCUGCUCAACUUCAUCGCUCUCAUGGAGAAGGUGACACCUGACUCCAAACAAUGUGACAACCUGCUCCUUCAUAACCUCAUCCUGGACACUGGCAUCAUCAGACAGCUGGUGGAGAAGGUGUGGAAGACCAAAGACCUCACCACCUAUGGCUUUCUGGCAGUGUUUGCUGCAACAGACGGAGGGAUUACAAGAGUGUUUCCCAACAAGGCUGCUGAGACCUGGGAAGAGGACCCUGAGCUUAAUGCCAGCUAUUACCGCCGCAGUCUGGACAACAAGGGCUACAUCUUCAGAGCGCCUUAUCGCACCGUGAAUGAUGAGCUGCUGAACCCAGAGAACGACACCAUAGGAAUCCUGGUCAGCACUGCAGUGGAGAUCACAGUGGGAGGGAAAACCAUCAAACCUGCAGUGGUUGGCGUAAAGCUGGACCUUGAGGCCUGGGUGGACAAAUUCAAGAUCCUGGCUAGCAACCAAACAAGUCCAACAAGUGACAACCGCCAAGUCCAACAAACGUGUGGACCAACCAGUGGCUGUGAGAUGGACUGUGAAGCCAACAGCGAAGACCUUCUUUGUUACCUGGUGGAUGACGGUGGUUUCCUGAUCAUGUCCAAUCAGAAGGAUCACUGGAACAAGAUUGGCAUGUUCUUCAGUGAGGUGGACCCCUACCUGAUGCAUGCUCUCUACAACAACUCCUUUUACAACCGGAAGCAGUCCUUUGACUACCAGUCUGUGUGUGACCCCGUGCCAAGCAGCAACACCGGGGCUGCACCAAGAGGAGUCUUUGUGCCCACCAUUGCAGACUUUGUGAACCUGGCCUGGUGGUCAUCAGCAGCUGCCUGGUCCCUAUUUCAGCAGCUGCUCUAUGGAAUGGCCUACCACAGUUGGUUUGUCACAGAUGAGGUGGAGGCAGAGGGGAUGGACUCCAGAGAGACCAGCUGUGUGACGAUACAGACUCAGUUCUACUUCACUAACAUCAACAGCUCCUAUGACAUCCUGCAAGACUGUGGCAACUGUUCCAGGCUGAUCCAUGCCAAGAGGUUAAACAACACCAACCUGCUGUUUGUGGUGGCAGAGAAGAUGCCCUGCAACACCUGUGAGGUGGAGAAACUGUCCCAGGCGGAGACAGAGUUCAAGGAGGAUAACCCAUCAUGUGAGGACAUGAGUGCAGCGAGGUAUCGAAAAGGGCCCGCUGUGUGCUACGACUACAAUCUUUCUGAGAACACAUCAGACUGUGGGCGGGGCCACUCCUUCCACCCCUCACUCCAGACCCUCCUCAUGAUUCAGCUCUUCCUCCUCUAUCCAAUCGCCAGCCCUCAUAUUCUGCCCCUUCUACUUUAAUUUUCCUCCAGUCUGCUCUCCCCAGCUCUUUGUCCAUCCUAAAGCUCCCACCCUCUCCCCUCUAUGCUCCGCCCCUGCUCUAGUCAUAGGUUAUAAUGGGACUUCCUGUCACUGCAACUUGGAAGCCUUGAGUACCGCGCUACUGUACCCAGCUAGCUUCAAUUGUUGUUGCUUAGUGACAGUUGCAGGACCUUUAUGUUCUCAGCGAGUUGCGUAUCUUCAUCCAUGUGAAGAGAUUCAAAAGGUUGGUGUUCCAACCACCACCAUUAUCAGAGGCUAUGUCAGAAAAGAAAAAAGACCCCACCCCCACCCGCAUCAACAAGACGAGUAACAAGUGAAAAGACGAGUUGGAUGCCAUGUCACAGAGCUCCAACCGUCAUGGACACAGCAGAGUUUAGGUUGUCUGUUUGUGCCUCUGUUAGUCAGAUGGGAUGAAGAGACAUGGCCUCCAUCUCGCUCACUCAUCUCUGACCUGAUCAGUUUCAUCGCUCUGUCAUGUGUCUCUCAUAGGGGGCUACUGUACGGAUCAUUCAGAAAAUUAAGGAAAAAAAGAACUUUCAAGUAUACAAAAACAUACAAUUAUAAACUGUUGAAGUGUUGAGUAUUCAAAGCACAUGUUAGGGUAUCAUUUGCAAUGAAAGUUGUUACAUUCAUUUAUUUAUGCACUAUAUCUACUUCUUGCCAAAAUGAGAGACUUUGAUGUGGUCUUGUUUUUAUAACCAAGUGAGAGGAAAAAGAGAAACCCAGAAAGGAAAACUAGAGAAAUAGUGUUAGGAAUAUCUGAGUUGGCUGAAUUCCAAUUCUUCUUGUACACCUCUACUGUUCUCCACUUGAAGUUAGAACUCUUUCUGCCCCUGGAAGCACAGUAUUAUAUUUAUAAUCAUGGUAACAUGGAACUAUUCUAUGAAAUAGUAGUCACGUUGUAUAAAAUGGAGACAGGCGCAGGAAUACAUAAUAGGGGGUUUUAAUACUCCACCCAAAAAUACAACAUGCCAUGAAAGACACGGGGAUAAAGCCCAAAACAAACAUGUAUACAAAAACACAGGGAUGUAAACCCAAACAAAAGAGCGAGGUUAAACCUCUAAUAAAUACACAGGACGAGACCCGCAAUACAAUACACAGGACGAAACCCGUAAUAACAAAUGCACAACAAUACACGGGACCCGUAAAUAACGAGUUCACAAUACACGCAGAAACCCGAAACAACAAAGCACAGGUACUCACAAGACCAACAGACAUGGGAACAAUAACCGACAAGACAUUGGUGAACAGAGGGCACAUAUAUACAAUUACUAAUCAGGAGAAUGGGAAUCAGAUGUGCAUAAUGAUACCGUUCAGUGGCACCUAGAAGCCGGUGACGUAGACCUCCGGAACUGGUGCACGGAAUGAGCAGCAGUACCGGGGGAAUCCGUGACACAUUUGAUUAUCAUAGUUGACUGAUGUUAGUUAAUGAAUUGGUAAUUUAGUGUCCAUCAUCAUAGAUGACUGAUGCUAGUUAAUGAAUUGGUAAUUAUGUGUCCAUCAUAAAUAGAUGACUGAUGUUAGUUAAUGAAUUGGUAAUUAUGUUUCCAAACCGGACAAAGCAAAUUAUAACUUUUCCCUUGCAAAAAUAAUUCAAAUACUAGGCUACACCAAUGUAUUAUGAAUCAGUAUUAAGCCUCUGAAAAGUCUGAGCGUUUGGGCUUCAUUGCUGUAUGUGGUGUAUACUUUCCCACUCUCCACAGACUAAUUGAAUCGUUGUUUCCACAUCAUUUCAACAAAAUGACAUUGAACCAACGUGGCAUAGAUGUUGAAUUGAGAAUUGUGCUCAGUGGGAUCCUUUCUGAUCAGUGGACAUUCUGACUGACCUCUACUCCUAACCCAGUGAAAGCUAACCCCUCUGCCAAUCCUCAUACAGCCGCUCCACCAGGUCCACUAAUGUUCCUAGGACUAUAUUUGUAUGUGUUUAAUAUCUGUUGUCACCAAAGCAGAGCAGAUAUACUAAUAUCUAUUCAGACUGGCCCAUAAGUUUCUCGUUUUAGUUGCAGGUAGGUUUUGGCAGAACUUAGCUUGUAUUACCUUUGACAGACGCUGUGUAACUUCAGACCAUUUGCUGCUGGGGGAUUGGGGUUGAACAUUUCCCACAUAAAGGAAUGCAGCCGAGGCCACUACAACUUACUGUAUGGUGACAACUGAGCUGCAGUCUGGGUUUUCUGUUACAUGUCAUUCUGAUCAAUUUGAAGUGAAAUGUCAUUAGUCUCCAUGUUUUGUUGUCAUAGUGCCUUGAUGCACUUUGUUUUGGAAAGCAUUGUCUCUUGAGCUACUGUACAGUACCUUUAUAGAAGAGGCACCCUAAUGGCUGUGGAGCUACAGGAUCUUUAUAGAGCAAGUCUGUUGGCUAUAUAUAUCUAUGGUAGCUUUAUAGAGACACCAUAUUGACUAGACGUUAUUGUAGCUCAAUGUCGACAUUCGAUUGGCUGUGGCUCCUGGCUGCUGUACCAUUCCAGGGCUACCUGAUUGCUACCAGAUAGAGUCGCUGUACAGUACCUUUACAGAGCCAUCUAUAGAGCUAAACUAUCAGUAUAAAUCGACUUAACUGGUCAUAGAUCUACCUUUGUAGGGUCACCUGACCGCUAUCAUUGCGUUUCUGUCUGAACCGUAUGUGCGUUUGUGUUUGUGUAUGGGUGUAUGUUCGUUUUAACCCUCAGAGGGAAUGUCUUUAAAACUGGGUUGAGAGGAUGGGGAAUGACAGUUGUGGUAGUGUAGCUGUUUGUUGUUCCAAUUCCAAUGGAAGAAGUGUUAUAUCAGAUGUUGUUAUGGAGGGGAAAAAAAUAUUUUACAAAAAAAAAAAGAAUCCAAUCAAUUUUUUCUCACCGGUUUGCUCAAUAUAUUGUCAUGAGGGAGCUGCAUACUGUAUGUGACCCCUGUAUUCACAGAGGUGUUCAAAAAUAAUGUUUAAUAUGUCCGUGUGUUUCUGUUUCAAAGGAUACAUAGUGACUAAGCCUCUCUAAAUGCCUUAGUGUUUCAGUGUUCUCCCUCUUACACACACUCGCGCGCAUGCGCGCGUACACACACACACCGUGAGCCUCCCAAAUAUUAACUUUCUCCACAGACUUUCCCAAUCCAGAAUGUUGCACUCUGGAUUUAAAGAGGUUGAGGUUUUGAUGUGACCGUCCGUCGAUAUAAAAUGGUGUGAGUUUCUUGUACACAUUGCUGCUUGGAGUGGAGGACUUUCAUAGUUUACAUUGACUCUGAAUCUGUAUUGACUCUGAAAUCCCUCCACCCCACCUCACUGUUAACGUAACAUCUGAAACCCCAAAACCUCCUUCACUGUAACCAUAAAAACACACAAUGUACAGUGAACAAUAUCAUUUUUGGCAAGACAAAAUGUUUCGUAAAAGCAUAAUUCGAUUUUUUAUUUUAAAUAGGCAAAUCAGUUAAGAACAAAUUCUUAUUUACAAUGAGAGCCUACCCCAGCCAAACCCUGACGAUGCUGGGCCAAUUGUGAUACAGCCCAGGAUCGAACCCAGGUCUGUAGUGACACCUCUAGCACUGGAAUGCAGUGCCUUAGACCGCUGCCCCACCCAGGAUCCCUAUCUCAGUGAAAGACUGGACCAAAUAGAAACUCAGAAUCUGACGUUUGCAAUUGUCUCCUUUCAAUGUUAGGGUCCACCAUUUUUGAAAUUCCUCGUAUAGAUAGUCCUGUUGCAUUUUAUUGUUUUAUUAUAUCACAGCAUUUGUUUGUCCCUCUGUUGUCCCUCCGUCAAUGAAGGUUACAUUCGCUGUGGAAAUGUACCCCCUGUGACUUUCUCUGGCUCAGCAGCAGACACAAGCACUAACAAAUUUACACAUUCAGACAUGCAGUUACACACUUAUGCACCCACAUGCACAAAGCACACACAUGUAACACUAACAGUUAUACCUACACAUGCACAGCUGGGGGAUGUUCAGCUCUAGCCUGAAGUAAGCCAGGGAUGUCUAUUCCCUGUGUGGGAUGUCAGAGGCUGGCUCAGGGUGUGAGUCUCCAUAGAACAGCAUGGGACCGUGUCAAACAAAAGGUAAAAGAAUCAUGAUUUGUAUGUCUGUGUGUCUGUGUGCUGAGGGACACAGGUUGGUUUUCUGUGGUUUGAAUUUUUUUAUUUUUGCUCAAAAAAAAAAGAAGGGGAUAAAGGGCAAGUUUGGGGUGAGAGGACCGGGUCUGGUUUACAGCCAGCCCUAAAGGGAGGGUCUCCACGUGGCCCUGCCCCUGCCUACCCUUGCGGUGUCUGUGCGUCUCUGUGGGAAAGACACGUGUGUAUGUGAUUCUGUAGUCUGUAGUCUGGUGCUAUGUGACCAUGUUUGACAAAUGUGUUUAAAAAAAAAACAGUAACAAAAAAUUUAUAAAUUCAGUCAAAUUCUAAGUGAAGUAAAAAAAAAAAAUUGAAUAAAGUAAAGAUAAGUUUGAGAUCUAAACUGUUUUUAUUUUUAUUUAUUUUCUGUGGGUGUCUGAGUGUGUAUGUGUGUGCGCGGAAGAUUUAGCUCCCUCUCGCUGGGCAUUGGUCCAUGUCGCUCCAUUCUUUUGUACUGAUAAAGCAAAAAGCAAAAAAAAGAAGAGGGUAAAAUUUGUAAAAUAUUGUGUCUGUGACUCCUUGUAAAAUAUUUUCAAAUUGUUUAUUACAGAGAAUCAGUUAUUAAAUAAUGUUCAUAUUUUUCACUUCA